GUUAAACUUUAAAAUAAAUGAUAGAUGAGAGAGUAAUUUUAUUGUUGGCGUGCGUGUUAUAUAAAGAGGAAGAUCGAGGAGACGCAAUCGGGGGUUGUUCUUCUAUUCUAGCUGUGGAUUCCGACUCGCCGCGUUGACUCGGUCCGGGUUGGGGUCGACUCAGUUCGUUUUUUAUCAUCGCGGAUCCAAAGGAAAAGUGAAGGUUUUAUCACAAUGAAGGCACUGAUUCUGGUUGGGGGCUUUGGAACAAGGUUGAGGCCACUGACACUCAGUUUCCCUAAGCCUCUUGUUGAUUUUGCUAACAAGCCCAUGAUUCUGCAUCAGAUAGAGGCCCUUAAGGCCAUUGGAGUUACUGAGGUGGUGCUAGCCAUCAACUACCAACCAGAGGUUAUGUUGAAUUUCUUGAAGGAUUUUGAAACAAAGCUUGGCAUCAAGAUCACAUGUUCUCAAGAAACUGAACCACUCGGAACAGCAGGUCCCCUGGCACUUGCCAGAGAUAAGCUGAUUGAUAAAUCUGGAGAGCCCUUUUUUGUUCUCAACAGUGAUGUUAUCAGUGAAUACCCACUUAAAGAAAUGAUUGAAUUCCAUAAAGGCCAUGGAGGAGAGGCUUCCAUAAUGGUGACAAAGGUUGACGAGCCAUCAAAAUACGGUGUGGUUGUGAUGGAAGAGACCACAGGGCAGGUUGAUAAAUUUGUUGAAAAACCCAAAUUGUUUGUUGGUAACAAAAUCAAUGCUGGAAUUUACCUGUUAAACCCAUCUGUUUUGGAUCGAAUUGAACUAAGGCCCACUUCUAUUGAGAAAGAGGUGUUUCCAAAGAUUGCUGCAGAGAAAAAGCUAUUUGCAAUGGUCCUGCCAGGAUUCUGGAUGGACAUUGGACAGCCGAGGGAUUAUAUUAGUGGCCUGAGGCUUUACCUGGACUCAUUGAGGAAAAAGUCAUCUUCUAAGUUGGCCAGUGGUACUCACAUUGUAGGGAAUGUCAUUGUGGAUGAGACAGCCAAUAUUGGUGAGGGAUGUCUCAUUGGACCUGAUGUUGCUAUUGGUCCUGGCUGCAUUAUUGAGCCAGGUGUUAGACUCUCACGCUGCACAGUAAUGCGAGGAGUCCGGAUUAAGAAGCAUGCUUGCAUAUCCAGCAGUAUUAUUGGAUGGCAUUCCACUGUUGGGCAAUGGGCUCGAGUGGAGAAUAUGACCAUCCUUGGAGAAGAUGUCCAUGUGUGUGAUGAAAUUUACAGCAAUGGUGGUGUGGUUUUGCCCCACAAGGAGAUCAAGUCAAAUAUUCUGAAACCAGAGAUUGUCAUGUGAGUUCAAUGGUGUUCAAUUUGGUAUCAUUUGGUGAGGAGGUAGCAAAUUAUUGUGUCUGAAAUAUGUUUGUCCGUUUCUUGUUUUUCUUUUUACUUCAUCCCAUUUCUUUUCUUUGCAAGUAAGUUCAUUAGAAUGAGUGACGCCAUUUCAUUGUUGAAAGGGUCAGAAUCUUUGUAAAGGGCGCAAGUCUGGUCUGUGAAGUUGUGUAUUUUCAGUAUGUAUAGAAAUAAAUUAUUGGUUAGUUGUUUUUCUCCA